AUGCUGCACCUCGCUGCGUGGGUUUGUGCGUCCUGGAGCGUGAUGGAGACACAUAAACACAUCAAGGCGGCCAUCUUUCCCCCUAGUGUCACUGUGCCUCCCCCACAACGGCUCGAGUCUGAAUCUACAUCCUCCUACUUUCAUUUUGAAAGGUCAGAGCUCAUCAUCGUGUCAGAAGGAGUUUAUUCAUCCUGUUCGCUCGCUGACGUCAUUCUCACCACGCCGGCUGUCAAAGCAGCUGAAUGUUGUGUCACAAUCGCAGCUUCAGGACUUCUUCACCCCUCCUCUCUGGAUGCACAGACUCCCCAAUCUCCCUCUGGAUGUUUCAUCAUCAUCAUCUUCCUUUCUUUCACAUAA